CUUCUACGUGACAACUUUAAUUCCCAGUUACCCAUCCUUUUUGUGUAUCUAUUUAAGAUUAUAAGUACAUCUGUCACAGCCAGUGUAUUCCUAUACCGUGAUACAAUCAACAACACACCAUAACCACCCGUCACAAUGCCCAUCGCCAUCUCCCCCUCAACAGUCAAGGCCGCCGCCGAGUCUGGCCUGCCUGCUUCCGAGAACAAGAAGCGCAAGAUCAUCUGCUUCUCAGACUUUGACGGAACAAUCUUCAUGCAGGACACCGGCCACAUCCUCUUCGACGCCCACGGCUGCGGCUCCCAGCAGCGCGAGAUCCUCGACGAGCAAAUCAAGUCUGGCGAGCGCUCCUUCCGCGACGUAUCCGAAGAGAUGUGGGGCUCCCUCAACGUCCCCUUUGACGACGGCUUCGAGGUGAUGGAGAAGAAGCUCGAGAUCGACCCGGCCUUCCAGGAGUUCCACAAGUACUGCAUCGCCAACGAGAUCCCCUUCAACGUCAUCUCCGCCGGCCUCAAGCCCAUCCUCCGCCGCGUUCUCGACACCUUCCUGGGCGAGGACGCCUCGCGCCACAUCGACAUCGUCGCCAACGAGGCCGAGAUCACAGACGACGGGUCCGCCUGGAAGCCCAUCUGGCGCCACGACAACGAGCUCGGCCACGACAAGGCGCUCUCCAUGGGCGAGGCCCGCGAGCAGGCUGAGAUGGCGUGCGAGGACGGCACGAUCCCCCUCAUCGUCUUCAUCGGCGACGGCGUGUCCGAUCUCCCCGCCGCCCGCCAGGCCGACGUGCUCUUUGCGCGCCGCGGUCUGCGCCUGGAGGAGUACUGCGUCGAGAACUCCAUCGGCUACAUCCCCUUUGACACCUUUGCCGACAUCCAGACCGAGAUCCAGCGCAUCCGCGACGAGGACGACAAGAAGACGGGCGGAAAGGGUAUGCCUGCCGCCUUUAACCCGCGCGCCAACAUGUGGAGACGCAUGUCGAGCAAGACUGCGAUCCCCAAGCUUGUCGCGAUUACGCCUGCCGAGGAGAAGAUGUUCCUGUGGCCCGAGGUCUUUAGCGUUGCUACGCCUGGUAUUGAGAAGGCCAACAUUGCUCCCGUCUUUGCUUAGGUGGUUUUCUUCUACCUGUUGGUUUUGUUAAAGUCGCUCCCUGUUUGGGAUGAUGGUGCAUAGCGUGCGAAUUUGCUUUCGAAAGAUAAUGGUUGGUUCUUAUGACGUUGGAUUCGGAUACAGGGUUCGGUUUGGAUUAGAGAUCCGUUGGUGUAAAGUGAAGUUGAUCAAUCUAUUUUUAACAUCGUUAGAUAUAGAUACAUAUACAGACUAAGGAUAAAAUGUUUUGCCAUUUCAAA